AUGAGGUGCUUUGUGCUGCUCCUUGCUCUCCUCGCCAUCUCUCAGAGCCAUGUGGUCACCAGGAUCCCUCUGCACAAAGGGAAGUCUCUGAGAAACACCCUGAAGGAGCGUGGACUGCUGGAGGACUUUCUGAGGAGACACCAGUAUGAGUUCAUCAAAAAGGGCUCCAAUACCGGGAUGGUGGCCAGUGAGCCUCUGACCAACUACCUAGAUAGUGAGUACUUUGGAACGAUCUACAUUGGGACACCACCCCAGGAGUUCACGGUGGUGUUUGACACGGGCUCCUCGGAACUCUGGGUACCCUCUGUCUACUGCAGCAGCAGAGUUUGUCAAAACCAUCACCGCUUUGACCCAUCCAAGUCCUCCACCUUCCAGAACCUGAGCAAGCCCCUGUAUGUCCAGUAUGGCACUGGCAGAGUGCAGGGCUUCCUGGGCUAUGACUCUGUCACAGUCUCCGAUAUUGUAGUUCCCCACCAGACUGUGGGCCUGAGUACCGAGGAGCCAGGUGAAAUCUUCAACUACUCUCCAUUCGAUGGCAUCCUGGGGCUGUCCUACCCUUCUCUGGCCUCCAAGAACUCAGUACCCAUAUUUGACAACAUGAUGAAGAGGCACUUGGUCGCCCAAGACCUGUUCUCUGUUUACAUGAGCAGGAAUGACCAAGGGAGCAUGCUCACGCUGGGGGCCAUCGAUCAGUCCUACUUUGUAGGCUCACUGCACUGGGUGCCUGUGACUGUACAGGGAUAUUGGCAGUUCACAGUGGACAGGAUCACAAUCAAUGACGAAGUGGUGGCUUGUCAAGGUGGCUGCCCUGCCGUUCUGGACACAGGCACUGCCCUGCUGGCGGGUCCUGAUGGAGACAUCCUAACUAUCCAGCAGGCCAUUGGGGCUGUGCAGGGCCAGUAUGGCCAGUUUAAAAUCGACUGCUGGAGGUUGGGCAUCAUGCCCACAGUUGUCUUUGAGAUCCAUGGCAGGAAGUUCCCACUGCCACCCUCAGCCUAUACCAAUCAGGAACCGGACUCCUCCUGUUCCAGUGGCUUCAAGUUUGGUACCCAGAUGUGGAUCCUGGGGGAUGUUUUCAUUCGGGAAUUCUACAGUGUCUUCGACAGGGCCAAUAAUCGUGUUGGGCUGGCCAAGGCUAUCUGA